AUGAGUGUGGUGACCUUGUCACCUUUGACCCCUGAGUCACCGUUCCCCAUGAUCACUGCGGCCACGCCUGCUGAAGACCAGGAAGGGGUGUCCCAACCUGGAAAUGGCAAUGUGGGGACUGACACCUGCCACAGGUCCCGCGAUGAGAAGCCCCCCCCUGUGCAGGCGGGGGCGGACUGGCAGGUCCUGCUUCACCUUCCUCAGAUGGAGGCGUGGCUUCGGGCCAGCGCCGCCAGGGUGACGCAACUGACGCGCUCGGUGGCGCAAGAUGGCCACAACAGACAUGUCGAUACGCACUUGCUGCAACUCAAGGACAUCUGUGAGGACAUCUCUGACCAUGUGGAGCAGAUCCAUGCUCUCCUGGAGACCGAAUUCUCCCUCAAGCUUCUGUCCUACUCCGUCAACAUCAUAGUAGACAUCAGGACAGUGCAGCUUCUGUGGCAUCAGCUAAGGGUUUCGGUUCUGGUCCUGAAGGAGCGUCUCCUUCAAGGUCUGCAGGACCCCAACGGAAACUUCACUAGGCAGACCGACAUUCUGCAGGCCUUCAGCCAAGACCCUGAACAGGAACAACAGCACCAGACUCGUCGGCUUGAUGCCCUGACGGAGGUGGAUGAUUGUGGUCAGCUGACCAUCCGCUGUAGCCAGGACUAUUUCUCGCUGGACUGUGGCAUCACGGCCUAUGAACUGAGCGACUACAGUCCAGGUGACGAGCCGGCAAUCCGGGAAAACCAGGGCCAGGAUGAGGACGCCACCCAGGAGACAGAUGAGAUUCAGAAUGUUGGUUCAGAAAAGAGAGAGGAAUGUGAACUACUAGUGACGUCUAGUGAUUCAUUACGCCACACCCAUCCUACUGCGGGAGACAUCAAUCAGAGCGAGGCUGCAAAGCCUUGUGUGCCAGGUGACAGCCAGAACACAGAGCCGUUGUUUCCGAAGAGAGACGCUCUAAUCUCAGACGAGGUGAAGGACACCAGAGCUGUCUCUCAGCUAAAAGUCCAAACCGAACUCAGCCACAGUACCAUUGCCACUCUCGUGGAUCCCAUCAUGGAUCCUCUCAUGGAUCCUCUGGAUCGUUCCAAGUUCUGGUUAGAGUUGGACUCUGUUUCACAAGAUGUCCACAACCUGAAGAGAGUUCACGUGAAGACAGACGGGAAAUCUUUUGGAGCCUCCUCGCCUCCACAGCAAAAGGCCUUCCAGAGAAAUCGAGUACAUCCCGGCGCUCACGGCAACGGUGACUCAGACUCCUCUGCACCAUCACCAACCAGAGAGCACAUCAUGUACUCGGACCUGGAGGCCAGUGGGGAGGAGUCAGACCCCAGACCAUCUCCUGGCAAGAUGCCAUCCAGGCUAGGAAAGCAGAGAGGACACAAUGCUUUUCGGGGCUCUUCAGAGACCAGUCCAGAUCGGGAACACUGGUAUGGCUCCGAGGAGUUCCUGGCACUCCCUGCUCAGAUCCACAAGAGCGAGAUUCUGGCCAUCAACUUGGAGAGUCUGGCCCGAGCACUGAAACCUGGUGGAGAAUAUAUUACCCAUGAUGCCUUGCAGGAUGUGGAUGACUGGGAUUUAACUGAACUCAACCAGGAGAACUGGGAUUCUCCUGAAAGCGGGGACGACGUACUCUUUCCACCACUGGUUCCAAUCAGGCGAAACCCCCUCAUUCGCAGUAGCCCCGUCUCCUCCAGUGACAUUGCUCCCUCAUUGGAUGAAAGUAUCGAGUCGGGCCGGCUGAGCGAGCUGCUGUCUGAAGAUGAGGAAGGCCGGCUGCUUGGGCCUGUGGCGCUCCCGGAGGAUGAACGGGGUAGUGCGACUCUGGUGCGACAGCUUAUCGACGACAUCAGCCGAGACAAAGACCCGGACGUGUGGAACAAAAUGGAGAAGUUUGUGCAGCAGUUGGACGGAUUCAUCAACUGGAUGACGGCGGCCCUAGCGAGCACGCGUGACUGGACGCCGCCUGCGGCCCACUUGGACGCGCUCAAGCGCUACCUGGACACACACCUGACAUUCAAACUUAAUGUGGACAGCCACUGCGCUCUGAAAGAGAGCAUCAUGGAGGACGGUACAGCUCUACUCGCAACCAUACCCGCCCAACAAUCAGGGCUUCGCGACAUACUGGAAAUGGUGUCCAACCAAUGGGAGCAGCUUCAUCUUCAGAUUCGACGCCAACACGCUUGGAUGCUCCACGCCCUGCGACUCAUCCGAACACGCCUCCUGCUGCACGCAGGCCAAUCGCAGCAGCCCGGGGAGACGUCUCCGCCCGACCGCCUCCAGGCAGAACUGCUGUCUGGCCGACGUGACGCCCAGCGAGUUGCUCUCCAACAGAUGGCUGCUAAGCUUAGCAGCCUGCAGUACACCUCAAACGCCAACAAGGGACACAACAUGCACCUGGGACGCAGCAACAGCUUGCAGGAAUUGGAGUGCGCGUAUGACGAGCUCUGGGAUUGGCUGACAGACGUGGACGCCAUGGUAACUGAUAGCCACCAGCUAAUGAUGUCGGAUGAACAGCUGGAACACCUCUUCAAGAGCAGCCACAGCGAGCUUCUGGCGAUGGAAGAAAAGAAAACAAGUUUGCUUGGCCGAGUUGAGUCGCUCAGGAGGAACUCUGAACAACUACCGCCAAACUUUAACCACAAAAUACAACAACUCACACACAAAUGGAAGCAGCUGGAGUCGGCAGCGCUGCGCCAUCGGGACGGCGGCGGAGAUGAGACGUGCGCAGAUGGCGUCGGGGGCGAUGACAUCCUCGACGAGUCGGUGCCGCUCACCCAACGGGAGACUUUUUUUUCCUCCCGUUUGUUUCUUCCCGGGAACAAAGCAUUGCCGCCGCCUUUCAUCGUCCUGAUGAGACGCCGCCAGCUGCGCGCAUUGGAAUUAAUCGGCGCGGACGAACCCAGUGUGGAAGACGCACUUCGGAGCCGCAGAGACAAUUUCGGCACUUUGAAAGUUCUCUCUGGACUGUCGGUCGGCGGGACGCAGAGUUGCCGUCCCCCUGAAACGAAGGCAGAGUUACUGCCGGCGGUGGCGCACGCGGAUGUCCUGGAGCGUCUACAGACCAGCGUGCAGGAGUUGAAGGCGUGGCUGCGGCAUACCGAACUUCUCAUCUUUAACUCAUGUCUGCGACGGCCGCAGGGACAUGCGAGACAACAGCUGCAAAGCUUUGAGUGUUUGUGUUCGGACGUGCGAGCUCGCCGCCGAGGGGUCUCGUGGGUUCUGAAAGUUUGCCAGCAGCUGCUCCAGUCGGGCCCCGAGGCGGAGCAACACCGCGAGGCUCUGCAGCUGCUGUCCAUCAACCUGGAGCGGCGCUGGGAGGCCGUCGUCAUGCAGACGCUCCACUGGCAGAACAGACUCAAGAAGGAGCUGGGAGAGCAACAGGUCCCAGGGAACUUUCUGGAAGCAAGCCUGGUAGACCUCCACCAGGCGAGCCCUGUCCAAGCUCCCCCAGGGACCUCGCUUCCAGACGACUCGUGGGAAUGGGACGAAACAGACAUGACCAUUACUGAAGCUCCAGAAGCACCAGAACCAGACCUAACGCACAAUCUUCCCUGCUCUGAGACCAGCACCCAGAGGAGUCUUCAUCCUCACAUAACUUCUGAAGUGGUUCCGCCUAUCUACCAGAUAUACAGCGUCCACACAGUUGAGUUUGACAGUACUCCAGAGGUUCCCUGCAAUUUCUCCAAGGCAACCAAGAGGAAGCAGCACAUUUUUCAGAAGAGUCUGAGUAAGGACUCCACGUUUUCCUCAAUGGAGUCCCUUCCAGACCUCUUGGGUGGGCUGAUGCCAAGUGAGCGUCGGGGGGAGAGGAAGCUUCAGAGGGAAGAUGGAAGGGACAGCGGCCAGUCAUCCAGCGGCCGUCGCUCAGAGAGUGAAAGCGGAAUUGUUAGUGAUGCCGGAGACGCUGAAAUGACACUCUGCCGUGGAAUCGUCGGAGAUGAAGAGGAAGUGGAAAUGGCCACUCUGAUGCUGCGCACACAGAACCAAAGAGCGGAUGAAAUCCAAAGAAUCCAAAGACCCACAGAAGAGGAAAAACUGUUGACUCUUGGAAAGUGUCAAAGUGAGGAGCUCGAGAACCUAACCAAGGAUCAGGAUGACUCGGACCAAAGCACAUCCAAGUUUCUUCCGGGUCGGUGUUUGGAUAAAAUCCCCGGGCUUCGCCUCGCAAACGCCACUCCUAUCUUAUCUCCGGGGUCUUCUUUAGAGUCCAUCCUGUCUCUGGGCUUUGAACUGUUUCCCUCCAAAGAGCACCUUCAUCGCAGCGCCUCCCUUGAAAGUGGCCUGGCCGUGUGUCACAGCCUGGAUGGCGACACCAGCGCCAGCCUAGUCAGCCUGACUGAACUGGACCUGUGCCAGACCAGAGACGGGGACCACAAUGAUCCAGACGACCAAAGAGCUCAAGGAGAGCUGUCAUCUGGGGAGCUGAGCAGAAGAACUCUGGAUCUUUUAAAGCGUCUGGAGAACAUUCAGAGUCCUCUGGCCACCAAAAUGACUCGGAGUGUGUCGGACAUGACGCUGCGGAGCAGAUCUCCUCUUCACCGUCGAUUGAUGGCCUCUCCUGUGCUGGGGGGCCGACGCUCACGGGGUUCUAACAAAGCUUUGCCAUCGCUCCUCAAUGAAAGCUCGACGUCGCUCACUGAGCUUAGUAGUGCCGAAGAGUCUUCCGUGGGUUCCGAAGACCUCACCAUGCUCCCGAAUCACCAGAACCUCCUUCUGGACCAGGCCUUGGCAGGGAGCGGCAAUCAAUCAUCCUACAGGAGGUGCUGCAAGAGGAGUGCUCACCGAGAGGAGGCAGAUAACGUCAGCUUGAGCAUGGUGGUCAAUGUUUCUUGCACUUCCGCCUGCACGGAUGAUGAGGAUGACAGCGACCUCCUGUCAUCGUCCACCCUCACCCUCACCGAAGAGGAGAUAGGAGUCCAGGAGGAAGAAGAAGAGAGGCUGACACUCACAUCAUCCGGGAAUGACGACGAGGAACAGGAUGACGAGGUGGCCAUGGAGGAGUCCUACAUGCUUGGCUUGGACUAUAUGAAGAAGGAGCUCCAUGCUUGGAUGCGACAUCCUCGUGUCACAUCAGCCACCACUUCAAAGACAGAAGCUGGACUUUUGGAUGAACUUCAGUGCGGGACCAACCCAGAACAAGGAAACCACCUGAAUUCUUCCAAACUUGACCAGGAACUUCAUCAAGAGGAGGAGAACCAAACGAACACUGCGAGGAGGUUCAUUAGCCAGUUUUUGGACGAUGUGGAGAACGGUAAUGUGGAGCAGUGUAGCUUGAAAGACAAAAAUGAGGACGACGAUCUCCUGCGGGAUGAGUCCAGCGUGUUCACCAAGAGAGGAGACCCUCUCAACAUCAGAGUAGAAGAUGCUCUCACCAAUAGAGGAGAUCUUCUCGGCGAAUCCUUCACAUUCUCCAAAAUUGAGGAGGAUGUAAAUCCAUGUAAUCAGUUUCAUUCGUCACCAUCUUGUGAGUUUCUGCCGCCCACUCAUGGAUCCUCCUUAGUGGGUCAACUGAAGGGCGAGUUACCCUGUCAGAGCGCCUCCUCACCACCAAAGGAAGGACCACGGUCCCUUGACAGAAAGGCCAUCACCAUCCAGGAGAAGUUCAAGUUCUCUUCGCUGGUGACAGAGGAGAGCAGGAGCGAACUCCGGGACAAACAUUCCUGCCAACUGACCAAAAAGUGGAAAGGUUCUCACAGUUCCUCGUGCUGCCAGCACCAGCUUUCCUUGCCCACUUCACCCUCCUCAGACCAGGCAAAGGACGCUGUGCACGACUUUGUUAUGGAGAUCCUCGACUUGACUUCAGAGGCCCGAAAGAGCAAAGAGAUUCCAAGACAAGAGUUGACGCAGAGAGAAUCUGACGCUGAGCUACGGCCCGCUUCAUUCAAGCACAUUAGAGACAAGGUGGUGCAACAUUCACAUCAGCCCUUGCAUCUGCGUAAAGGCGACUUCUACGCUUACUUGUCGCUCUCAUCUCACGACAGUGACUGCGGCGAAGUCACUCAGUACGCAGAGGACAAGAGCGUUACACCUGUGCCGUACCUCAUAAGCACCUAUGCCACCUCCCCCACGCCAGGCCCGAGCCCCGACAUGACCACUGAAGCCAAAACACAGCGUCUAGACUUGGAGUCACGUGAUCAUCCCACCGCCAGCCCUGGCCCCUCACUGCCUCCCAGCCCGGACAUCCGGGAUGAGGAGACACUCUUCCCUGCCUGCACAGAGGAAGUGUACUUGGGCCCACCGCUCUGCUACAGCAUGCCGCCCACCAAUAAAGCACCAAAGAUAUUUCAACUGGAUGGCCCACAACCAUUCUUGGAGAAUGAGACUCAACUCAGAGACUCUGAGGAGGGUGGGAGUAUCAUCUCCGCUCUUCCGGGACCUACUUACCACGGCUCAACCCUCGACAACAACAUGCCAACCUAUGGAAAGACAUCAAAGAUCUACAAAGUAGAGGACCGACAACCAUUGACAGACUCCUACGAGGAGAAGAAGAUACCUGAGGAUGUCCAUAGCAUUGUCCUGGCUGUUCAGCAGCCUUCCACCGUGGUCUCUCAAAGCUCUCCCCUCUACUUCACCAUGCCACCAGCCCAGGAGACAUCAAAAAUCUCUAAACUUCAGGGACCACAACCUUUGAAAGAGGAGAAGACACCGGGUGAUCUUCAGAGUGUGAACUCGACUGAACCAGAGCCUCCUUAUAGCUCUUUCUCCGUCAAUAAUGAGGUCCAACAGGCCUUGCCAGUCGAGAAACAAGACACUCCAAGACACUGCCUCACAGACCCUGAAGGGGUCAAAGGCAUCACCCCUGUUGUCCAGGAGCCGCCAUAUAGCUCUUUUUCCAUCAACAGCAAGGCUUCAGGUGAAGCAAGGUGGAGGGAGGCCUCGCAACUUGCAGGCUGCGACGUGUCAGGCCGGCAAGAGGAGGCGCGUAGUAAUGAGGCUCCUUCUUAUCUUAAUCCCCGGGCGCGUGUCGCCCUGAUAGACUCCUCGCCGGCCCAAUGUUUGGCAGAUACUAAAACGCUUCAAUCCAAUAUUGGCGCCGUAAUGACCAAGAUAAGUGUCGGCGGCGGCGCGACAAAUCCCUCAAAAGAGCCGCCCGCCUCCGCCGCCGCCACGCGUAUUAAUCCCAAAAUUAACUGCAGGCCGAUCAAAGAGGCUGAUAGGGCGGCGGCGGGGAGGCGAGGUGAGGCCGCAGCCCGCGGCGGCAAGCAGCCGGAAGCCAGGACGGCAGGGCGGAGGCAUCAGGAAGCCAAGACGACAACUACAACUGUCACGGCGGGGAAGAAAAAAAAGCAGAGGGAGGCGUCCACAGGGCAUCCUCACCAGAUGUCCGAACCACCUCAGCUGGCUCCGCUCGACAUGGAGGAACAGCAGCUCUACUCUGAGUCCCUCCCGGAUGACUGUGCUCCUCCCGCUAUCUCUAAGGCUGAGCCCGGCCACCCUGCGAAAGAAACUCAUUUCACCCGCUUGAUCCCGAGAUAUUUCGACUCCUCCACCUGGGGCAGGACCCAACCCCCGACCUGGAGCGAGCAAUCCACCCUUUUCCAGAUGAGAACCAUAGCCUCAGACUUGGAGCACCCUCGUGUGGGUAAAGAACGGGUAUGUGGUUCCACGGCCAGGACGAAAACCACAUUGUUCCUCCUCAAUCUGAUGUUCAACUAUCGGCUGGACCCUCCUUUCCAGUACCCUGGCAUAGACUUGCCCAUGGAGGCUGAGGAGUGUGAUCCCCGAAUAGUUGGAACACAUCCUCUGGUCACCUUUCUUAAAGAUAGGGACCAACACCCCAGUUUGCCACUCCAAAGUGACUGUCCCAGAUGA